AUCAGACUGGUCCUGAGCACCCUGCCCCUCCUCACGCCGCCAGGUCAGAGCUGGAGGAAGAGCUACAAACCUUCUCAUAACACAAUUCACAGCAGAAGUCCCACGGCGACUUGUGCUGGGCUUCGCACACCACAUCCUGUGCUGCAUGGGCUGCCAAGCUCAGUCCCCACCCUGCUGCCCCACAUUCACCGGCAGACUCUGCUAUGCUUUCCACACUCGCUGCCCUGCUGGGGCUGUGUCUGUGCCAGUGGAUCGGUGCCCAGAAACAGACCCUCUCGAAACCCAUCAUCUGGGCCAAGCCUGGUUCCAUAAUUCCAAAUGGAAUGGCGGCGAUCAUCUGGUGCGAGGGGACUUACAGGGCCAUUGAGUACCAACUGCAUUUUGACGGACAUCUUUCCACCUUGGAGAGACCAAACCCCCCUGGAAUUACAAACAAAGUCAAGUUCUCCAUCCGGCCCAUGACCUCACACACUGCAGGGCAAUACAGGUGCUUCUACAGAAAGGGGGAGCUCUGGUCAGAGCCCAGUGACCCUCUGGAUCUGGUGGUAACAGGAAUGUAUGACACACCCACCCUCUCGGUUCAUCCGGGGUCUAAGGUGAUCCCGGGAGAAAAUGUGACCUUCCAUUGCCAUCUAGAGACUACAACAGGCACAUUCUUUCUGCUCAAGGAGGGGAGAGCCAGCAGCCCACAGCGCAGUAAUGGAAAAUUUCAAGCAGAGUUCCCUGUGGGGCCUGUGACCACCGCCCAUUCAGGAACAUACAGGUGUUUUGGUUCUUACAACAACUACAUGUGGUCUUUCCCCAGUGAGACUGUGGUGCUCCUGGUCACAGGAGACGUCGAGGACACCAGUCUUGUACCCACAGGACAGCCCUCUUCUGAUGCUCGGGAGCCCUCCUUGUUCACCACAAAGGUGGUGGGAUUCCAGAAAGGUGGUGCCAUCUGGAAUCAGCGAGCUGACACUGUCCUACGGGUGGGUCUCAUGUUCCUGGUCCUGGUGGCCCUUGUGUGUGUCCUGACUGAAGACUGGCUCCGCAGGAAGAUGACAGAAGAGAGAGCCAAUGAGGCUUCGAGUCAGGAAUGCAGGGUGAAGUUCAGGACCCAGAGAGCCCUGGAAAAAUGACCGAGAGAUGCAGUGGCCAUCGGUAAAGCUGAACUCUGACCUUGACCUUGGGCCACAUGACCUCCGUGUUUGGGGGAAACCAAGGGGUGUGUGCGUGGAGUUCGAUGCACCAUCCUGGGGGCAGCAGGAAGGGAGGAUGAAGAUGCUAAGUUCUUCUGCAGGCAGAUCCCACUGUCUCUUAGAACUCUGGGUUCUAAGUAUUUGUAUUGUUGUUGAAUUUAUUAGGUUGAUAUUGAUUAAUUAAAUUAUACAAAUUUGGGGUAUACAAUUCUACAAUACAUCACCUGUAUGUUGUACUGUGUGCCCACGCCACCUCAAGCCAAGUUUCCUUCCAUCACCAUUUAUUCCCCCUUUUCCCUCUCCUACCUCCCAACUCUCCCCUUUCCCUCUGGGAAUCACCAUACUGUUGUCUGUGAUGGGUUGUUUGUUUGUUUGUUUGUUUGUUUGUUUGUUUGUUUUUGCUUAAUCCCUUCACCUUUUUCACCCAGCCCCAAUCCACCCCCCUCUGACAGCUGUCAGUCUGUUCUCUGUAUCUAUGACUCUGUGGAAUAGUACUUGGCUGAAAAAAAAAAAAAAAAAAGAAGAAGAAGAAGAAGAAAGUCCUACCCUUCGGGACAACAUGGAUAGACCUGGAGAGUAUCACGUGCCAUGGAAUGAGCCAAUCAGAGAAAGACAAACACCACGCAAUUUCACUUUUAUGUGGCAUCUCACAUGUGGCUUUAAUGAGUGCUUUUUUCUAUCACUUCCUCCUGGGUCCCUAGAGGGGGCAGGGAGGGAGGAGGAAGUGAGAACGGAGGGGCUGGCUGAUUGUUUGUUACAAAGGUUUCUUGGGAACAUUCACGUAACAUUUCUGUUAACUUCUCAAUGGUCAGAACUUAAUAGCUUAAGAAGCAAGCUAUAAUGGGAGGUUGAGCAAUGUAGCCUUUGUUCUGGGUGGCUCUGUGGCUGGCUCAACACCAAUAAAGUCAUGAGUAAUGUCAUAGGGUCUCCCUAGACUACCGCAGUCUCUGUUACAAGCCCCUGCUCUGCGUUGGGCCCUGUCGAAAGUAUCACACACUGAGGCAAACAUGAUCCCUGACAUGACAAGACACUGCCAGGAGGAGUACAGACCUUAAAGAAGCAAGUCAAUAAAAAAGGGGGUAAGUCUUGUGAUAGAGGAAAUACAGAAUGCGCUUAGAGCCCAUUCCUAUGCAAUAUACCAUUUAGUAGACCUGGAGAAGCGGGUAGGGGUGAUGUCUGUUGAUGCAAAAGGUGUCUGUUCAUGAUCCCAACUCAUGCAAAGGCUGAGGUGCAAGACAAAGGGUGAAAAACAUUCAGUGUAGCUAGAGGUUUGUUUGUUUGUUUGUUUGUUUGUUUGUUUGUUUCAAAUACAGUUGUCUCCAUUUUCCUCCCACCACUACCCACUCCCACCCCAGCCAUCCCCACUCCCCACCCUUGAUCCUACCCCCCUUGGGAUUUAUCCAUGAGUUUGGAUUGUGAGAGAAAGAGUGGGAGAUGCUAAGCAAAUGCAGAAGACAGAUCAAGCAUGGUCACGGGCCCCACCUAAUAAAUACACAUUUUAUCCUGGAGGCAAUGGGAAUUCAUUAAGCCAUUUUUAUCAAGGAUGUGAUCUGGUGAAUAGUGCAUGGUGUAAAGAGCCUUCUGGGGGAAAUAAGAAUGUGGGAGAGGAAAAAAACAUGAAGAAAAGGGAGAAGAGUUGAAGAUGGAUCGUCUAUUUCUAGAUUUGACAACCAGGGACAUACGGAUGCCACCAGUAACCCAGAGGGAUGUCCAGCUAGGGGGGAUGGGUACACAGUCUUAAGAGUUGGCAAAUAUAUAUUCUCCUGUUCUCAUACUGCGAGAUUUCCUUGAUAAUUUGGGGAGCUUUAGGUUUCAACGUUCGCUUUAGAAUUAGCCAGUUUUCACAAAAUACCCACCUAAGUUGCGCAUGAGAUCAUAUUAAAGCUACAGAUGAAUUUAGGGGAAGACCAUCAUCCUGUUGAUCUUUCUGUCCAUAGAAGACUCAAACCAGAGAGGUGGUAUGUUUCACCGUUCAGUUACAUGUUCACUGAUUUCUCCAAAUAAUAUUGUGUUGUCUUCCAUGCAGAGAAUGUGCAUGUCUUUUGUUAGCUAUCCACCAGGUAUAUCCACACUAACAUGAUUCUUUUCUUAAGAUGUAUUUAUUUAUUUUUAGAGAGAGGGGAAGAGAGGGAGAAAGGGAGGGAGAAAAACAUCAAAGUGCGAUAGAAACAUCAAUUGGUUGCCUCUCGUAUGCACCCCAGUCAGGGACCUGGCCUGCAACCCGGCAUGUGCUGUGACUGGGAAUCGAACCAGCGACCUUUUGGUUUGCAGGACGGUGCCCAACCCACCGAGCAGCACCAGUCAGGGCCACAGUGCUGUGAUUCUUAUUUCAUGAGUGGUAUCAUUCUUUAAAUAAUGUUAUUGCUAUGGGUGGUUGCUGGUCUUAUAAAAUAAAAUCUACUUGUGUCUGUUAAAGUUCACAUCUUGAUUUUAGCAGUUUUAGGUUAUGUUUAAUUCAAAAAUGUUUAGGGUUUUUUGUUCUUCUAACAUUGAUUUUUCACAGUCUUACUACUUAGAACAUCUGGGACAUGAAUAAAGUAGAAGUAAAGAUAGCAGAUACCUUUUUCUCAGUACCAAUAUUGAGGGGAAUAUUUUUAAUAUUUCACCAUUGUGUAAGCUAGUCACUCUAAUGUCUUGUCAAUAUUGUCCCAGUUAGAAAACACCUUUGUAUUCUUCUUGUGCUAAACUUUUUUUCCAUUUGAAGAUAACAAAGACAUCCAAUGAGACUAGUUGAGAGGCCCCUGCAUUAUUCCAGGUAAAAGUUGAUAAUUACUCAGAGAAGGUGGGCACCCCUGACAUAUUUUAGGCACAGAAGCCAAACUUCAUUUUAUUGUUUAGAAAUAGCUCUGGCUGGUGUGGCUCAGUGGAUUGAGCACCGGCUGGCAAACCAAAGGAUCACUGGUUCAAUUCCUGGUCAGGGCACAUGCCUGGGUUGCAGGCCAGGUUCCUGAUGGGGGUUGCAUGAGAGGCAGCCACACGUUGAUGUUUCUCUCCCUCUCAUCUCCCUCUCUUCCCCUCUGUCUAAAAAUAAAAUCUUUUACAAAAAUUUUUUUUAAAGAAAUGAUGGCUGAGCAUGUGGCUGAGUCAGAAAAAACUCUGAAGUUUGUAAAUUGGGCAACUGCAUGAAGGAAAGGGACAUUUUCCUCUAAUUCACACUCAUACCCAUUGAUGUUAAUACAGUGGAUAAACCUUGAGAGCUAUGGCAGGAAAAAGAUAUUUGGGGGCAGAGUCAGAGACACAAAGUAGCGAUUCAUCUUCCCAAAGUGAACUAUGCUUCAAUUGAAAUAGGACUGACCUGUAACAUUGUGUAAGUUUAAGUUGUGAAGUGUAUUGAUUUGAUACAUUUACAUAUUAUAACAUGAUUGUAGUGUUUGCUAACCCUUCUAUGGUGUCACGGAGUUACUCCUUUUUUGUGGUGAGACAAAUUAAGAUCUAGUCCCUUAGCAAAAAUAAAAUAUUGUUGUCUGUCUCCCUUGAACUGUG